AUGACGCAGAUACGAGCAUCGAUACCAUCAUUACCUUUGCCCGCCAGCAAUCGACCACGAAUCCGUGAUCUCGGCUACAGCCCCGGCAGGUUCACACCAGGACCCCAAAACUCCAUUCUUGACGUACCAGGAGUUCAAGUUGGCCAGGUUACGGUUCAUGAAGGCGCCAACAUCCACACGGGGUUGACCGUCAUCUUGCCUCGCGGUGUAAAAGACACUCGACUGAAGCCUUGCUAUGCGGCAACCCACGAUCUCAACGGGAUGGGCGAAUUGACAGGUUGCCAUGCCCUUGCUGAGUACGGCUACAUCAACACACCAGUCGCCAUCACAAACACGCUCAGCGUGGGCAAAGUCUACGAUGGCCUCUUCCUAUGGCAAAUGGAGCAGGCACGCAAAAACGGCGAAGACGACAUUGAAAGCCUACGCCGAUUCUCCAUCCCUGUCGUCGGAGAGACCUACGACGGCCUCCUCAACGACAUCAGCGCCUCCGUAAUAGACAAAGCCUCCGUCUACGCCGCCAUUGAAGCCGCCCAGACGCAGACAGAGGUCCUGGAGGGCAACUACGGCGGCGGCACGGCCAUGCGCUGCCAUGGAUAUAAGGGCGGAACGGGCACCAGCUCGCGCAUUGUCCCUGGUGCGGAUCGUGACUACGCACUUGGCGUCUUGGUGCAGGCAAACCAUGGUCAGAAGCCUGAUCUGAGGAUUGGCAACGUGCCUGUUGGCGAGCUUUUGAUGGCGGAGGAAGCAGAGGCUAGGGGAGAGGCUGCAAGGGCAGACAAAGGCUUGCCCAUUGGCGGCAAGGCAGCUGAAGGCAGUAGGUUGCCCCUGAACCGACGAACGGACGCCCCUUUAUUGCCUCAUCAACUGCGACGUCUCGCACAGCACGCCGGCAUGGGCAUCACUCAGGUAGGAGGCCACUCGGCAGGGCGAAACUUUUCUGGAGAGAUAUUCCUUGCCCUAUCGACAGGGACGUCGCCAAACCAACUCGCGACUUCGUCCGACGGUUUUGCAUAUCUGCCACCGCUGGAAACUCAGCCCGUCGAGACUCUAAAGAACGAAACAAUAGACUCCCUCUUCUACGCGGUGUCAGAGACAACGGAGGAAGCCAUCUUGAACGCCAUGUGCAAGGCAGAGACUCUGGUGGGCUUCAAGGGUAGGACUACGACCGCUCUGCCGGUUGACAGAGUGCAAGAGUUGCUCAACAAAUACGGAGUUGGCUUGAGAAAGUAA